GGGACUGUCGUUGUAUUGUUAGCAGCUGCUGCGCCCUAUAUUAUGCACUGACGAGCACGCAAACACCGCCGCCAUUUUGAAAAUUACGUCUUCGCCUAAAAUCGUUCAAUUUCUAGCCAUAAGUUUGCGGUAUUUUACCACUUUUGCUUCGCCAAUGUUGGCACUCACGUGAUGUACGAAGGCAAGCAUAUUCACUUCUCAGAAGUUGACAACAAGCCACUAUGUUCGUACAGUGCCAAGUUGUGCAAGCAGCGGCGCCUCAACGGCUAUGCUUUUUGCAUUCGCCAUGUGUUGGAAGAUACAUCUGCUCCCUUCAAGCAGUGCGAGUUUGAAGCAAAGUACAAUAAACUGCGCUGCACCAAUCCCAUCCCUGGAGAAGAAAAUAGAAAAUUUUGUAACAGCCACAUGCAGGUCUUGGGACUGGUACCAAAGAGAGGAAAAAAGAGAAAAGGGGACCAAUCUCCAGACAGUCGAAAUGAUUGCAGAAAUGACUCAUCAAAUGCAGGCAGCAAGGGAGGCAGUCAAGAGAGAGAAAAGCACAAAAAGAAAUCAAAGGACAAAAAGAAGAAGAAAAAGAAAAAGAAGAAGAAAGAAAAGCAUAAGAAAAGGGGGAAUAGAUCAAUUUUAGAUGAUGUGAUGUUUAACUCUAAAGGCAAUUUUGAAUUGAAUGACCUUAGUUUAAUGUGCAGAAGUAGGCCACCAGAUUUUGCCAGUGCUGUGAUUGGUGCUGACAAUCUUACAAUUCACUCAAACUCAAUAGAAAGAGCAAUCAAGACGAAAUCAAAGAGAAGGAGGGAUGGCAGCACGCUACAUGAAAGACUUCAGGAGAAGUUGGAGAGGAACAAGCAAAGAUUGCGUCAACAGCGAGAAAAAGAAAUUCUUGCCAAAUCUAUGCAGCACACACAAUUCACCAAUGCUGCUUCCCUGGAACACACUAACAAUCUACUUGAUAGUGGAGUAGCACAGUACAAAAAUUCUUCAUACCUCGAUUCCCAGAAAUUCCUUCCCCUCAUACCUCCAUUGGUUGAGGGUAAAGGACGAGUCCCAAACCUUCCAUGGCCCCAGAUGCCCCAGCAUAUUUCCUCGCCAAGGGAGGCAUUUGUGAAGCUUCAACGGAAGCACCCAAGAGAUCUCUUUGCUCGCAAGUUAGACUCAAAAGCAGUUGACCUGCUAAGAGAACGUCUUCAGCUUGAUGAAGAUGAGAGGACUGAUAUAUUUCCCUUAGGUUUAGACUUUUCAGACACAGAUGAUGAAGAGAGUGAGGAGGUUACAGACAGAAGGUGUAGAAAUACAUGUAAAGAACAAUAUAGUGUAAGUCACAUAUCCAGUACUGAUGAAACCAAUAGCUCAUUGAGCCGGCACAGCAGAUUGAAGCAGCUGAAAAAUCACCUCCAGCGAGAUAGAAGGAAGCUAGAACUUGGUAUACAAUGUGAUGAGCAUGAGCAGAGAGACAUGAGAUGUUCUAGUAAACUCCUAGCUGAUGCUGCCAGAGACCAUCCCUUUGGAACAGCUGUAUCUAUACUCAGGGUUCAAGAAGAGACAUUACAAAGGCCCAAGCCUCAGGCCCCUCCAGAGAGGAUCUGCUGCAGUAAAGAGGAAAAUGAUGAUCCUUGCCAAGAGGAGGCUAUGCCAUACAGCAAGCACUGCUUCAGACACGUACUUGAAGAUGAAGAUCAAGUAUUGUUCUACCAGUGUGGUGCUGAAUUCCCAGGAGGAUUCCGCUGUAUUGAGCCAAGUUUUGACAUGCUUAAUGAGCAGCCUCUAUGCCAGGAACAUGCCAAGAGAGUGCGAAUGGAACCAAAGUCAAAGAGACCAAGAAAGAAGACCAAGCCUUCAGCUCUAACCAGGCCUUUCAAGAAGAAAAAGAAGAACCAGCGCAGGAAGUACCGACCACAGAAACCAAUACCUCCACUUGAACCUCUGCAAAACUACCAGCUACCCAUCAGCAGCACCCCUGUGAUCCCUGUGGCUACUCCUCAUCCCCCACCUCACACCCCUGCAUUCAGGAGCAUUGGUGCCCAUGAUCUCCCUGUCCAUCUGAUGGACAUGUCUGCUCUGGAAGAAGUCAUGAAUGCAGAGGCAGUGGAGUCACCUCCUGAAGACCUCAACUCAGACGCAGAGGAGGAAGCUCUUUCAAGCGUUCUACAAAACCUGAAUGACAUCUUUGAAGGAAGGAAUGGUGAUUUCCUGCCUACAAGGGAGGAGGCAGAAGCCUUGGAGCGUGCAUUCUUUCAAGCAUCAGAGGAUGUCAAUGAUGCUAAGCUUUCUCUGGAGCAGCUCUUUAACGACGGAGAAGAAAAUAGCAACUCGCUGCCAGGAGAUGUGACUGAGGCUGCCAUCAGCCAGGAUAGUUCAGAUGGACUCCCCAGCGAUCUUCAAUCUGCAGCAAAUAGACUUAUAGCUGAUACCAUGAGACAGAACUCGAAUGAUGGUUCUAAUCAUAAUGCAAUCAAGCCACCGUCCUCUAAUCUCACCAAUGCAGUGCCUUUGAGUAAUAUGUCUGCCACAGCACAAUCUGGCCAGGCCUUCACCCUACCUAGCACUCUGGCAGGCCAUGGGGUGUUUACGAACAGUGUUGCUCAAUUCAAUGGUCCUGUAAUCCCUCAGACACAAUCUCUGCUGACACAGAACACCCUCAGCACCACAGCUGCAACGACAGAAAACCAUCAUGAUUCCUUGCGUCACACUGUCCUCAAUGGAGUCAUAAGUGGCAAUCGUGCAAUGGUGCCCUCGUUCCCUAUCUCUCAACCUAUGUUGUCUCCGCAUGGAGGACAGCAGGUGCCUCACCCUAUGAUGUCACCUCAGAGUCCACAAAUCAUCACAACCACCUUGCCACAAGCUAGCCCUAAUGCUUCAUCUGGAAUGAGCCCAAGUGCAUCAGCGCCAACCCCUUCUCAGGCUGCUCAUCAGGCAGCCCUACCCAGUUUCCGGCAAACAUGGAGUAGUGUUUCCAACAUUCAGAAUGCCUUGCGCCGUACCAAUUCAAACAGUGUACCAGCUGUGAACGGCAUCAACUCUAAUGGCGGACUCCCUUACAACGUGCAUACGAGUCAGUCAAUGGGUUCCCAGAAGUUGCCAAGUUUUAACUCUGUGGUAGCAGGAAUUACCCAGAACCAUAUUCCACAGCAGCAAAGUGGAUUCGCACCUGGUCUGCCUUCACCUCAACCUACUAGUGGGAUUCCUACCCCUCCCUACACUGCACCCAAUAUCAAAAACAUACCUCCUAUCAUCAAACAACAAGGAACGUGACAUAUCAAGCCGCUCGUGGCUCAUAAAAUAUUACCAAUUUAUGUCGAGAGUAUUCAAUUUUUUUAGUUUGACAAUGUUUUGUAUAUUUGUUUAUGUUGAGAUUCAUAUGUACAUUUGGAAUAUUUACACCCUAAAUUCUUUCUCAGAAGCCAUUUUGAAUAGAUUAGCCAUGCUUUAAUAUUUCUUAUUUUUGUCAAGAAUGACAGGUUCAGAUGUGGCGUUACUGUGCCUCAUUAAGUAAAUUACUUUUGAUAGUGGGGAGUUACUUUUAGAGCUGUUAUACAGAAAGGAGCCCAGAGAAUCAAACAAUAACUGAAACCAUGAUUUUUAAAAAGGUGAAUAAUUUGGAGACAGUUAUACUUUAUGCAGAUUGAAAUACAAAGGUGCCAUUUUGAUGAUUCAAGCAUUGAGAGCCAGCUGAGCAUUCAUUCUCAUCAAAGUAUAGUUUGUUGAGCACUUAUAUAAAUAUAUCAGGCAGUGAUUCUAUCGGUGCUCCAUAGAGAGCCAUAUUUUAAUUAGCACCAUUGUAUAUUUUUUCAAUCUGUGAGAUCACUAUGGUACAUAUGAUUUAUCUUCAUAUUAACUUAUUCAUGGUUGCUGUAUAACAGCUCUCAAAGUUAGCAACAAUCAGUUGGCCUUCAACAAGGAAUUAAGGAUGAACUACAUGUAGUUUUAGGAACAUGAUACAACCCUUACUCUGCACUCUGUAAGUCUCUGUGUCACCUUGUUUACCUGUUUUUAUGUCGUGUAUUUCUGUGCAUGUAUUCUUUUACAAACAUUUGCACAUAGCUUGAUCUGCUUCUCUGUGUACCUGGUACUUUCUUUACAUGUUUGAAAAGGAUGCAUUUUUCAUGGUGUUGAAAGUUAUUUCAACAAGGAAAUGUGUUUUGUCUGUCUGUGGGACCAAAUGAGAAGACAUGCCAGUUUUUUGAAUUAUUUCAAACAUUAUUUCUAAGGGAAUUGCUUGAACUGCAAUUUGUGUCAAAUUUAUCUACAAGUUUCAUACCUGUUGAAUUUAUUACUUUUAUUUUUUGCACUUGAUGUACAGUGUAGGGAUGAGUUAAUCUUUUCUGUCUUUCUUUCUUCUUUCUCUUCUGCCCCAAUGGAAUUACACCCUGGAAAGGUAUUUCAGACUAGGUUUUCUCUUAUGAAAUGGCUAUCAAGAAUUAACUGAUUUGCCCCCAUCAAAAGUGGUCUGUAUUAGCUUUAUUCCUCAAUAUUUCAGUUUCUCCAAAUUCAACCUUCACUGUUUCUUCUACCUUGCAGUUUUUCAAUUUUGAGCCACAAGAGUGUUAACUCACAUGCUUUUAACACAGAGAUAAUGCACUUCUGGAUCUGAACUGAUGAUUUUUUAAAUAGAAGAACCUAAGGCAUGUUUAGAAUUGUACUCAUUUAUUUUUCACACACUGUCACACAGAAUUUUUAGUCCCAAUAAAUAAGGUAUAUGAACCAGGACACUUUUUUCCCCACCAUUGCUUGCUGCAUUGGAGUACUUAACGUAUCCGGCUUGCGCUUGUACUUGUAGAUACCUUGUGGCUUCCAGCCAGUCUAAACAGCUACGAAUGAUCCACAUUGAUCGCAAAGCCUCCAAUCAAUCGCAAACUUACAAAGUCGUAUCUCUUUAGUAUAGGGUUGCGAUUGAUUUGAAGCGAUGGCAACUGUUUGUUGUAGGUUGUUGGAAGAUGAUCCCUUCCAUUGGCUGAUGAUGUCAUUACACUCUCUGUCAAGGGUACAACAACUGGAAGGUGUUCUUCUGUUUCUACAUAAUCUGGAAGCAGUGUAAAAGUAAUGCAUAUGUUGUUAGAAAUAAUGUAUGUGGAGUUUAUUGUAAUCUUUGUAUAAUUUUGUCUUAGAGUAGCAUAGUUUUCUUGAUAAAUGUGUAAUCGAGGUUUUACCUUUCCAGGAUCCACUGAAGUUGUAUUUAUGACAGAUGAACAUAUUCUGGUACCAUACCAUUUGCAUAAUAUGAAAGCCACACACCUUCACAGAAAUAGUCAAUUUUUGUUUCAUGUGUAACAGAACUCUAUUUAGAUAAUUGCAUGUGAGCGUACAGUGUAUUUCACGAUUGAUACUGCUGUCAUAUUUCAACAAUAUGCUGGACCAAAUUUAUGUAAAUUAUUUUUAUACAAAUCUAUUUUUAUGUAGCAGCAAUAUAGUGUGGUUGCUGCAUGUUGCAUUCAACUUGUGUUUACUGUGUGCAUCUGAGCAAAGGGUUGGCUUUAGAGUAUAGAUAUGAAAUAGGGCUAGCUUGGUUUCAUCUCAAAGUUUAUAUAUUGUAAUUUGGCACCUGUCUUGGUUAAAAUGUAAUGACACCAAUUUUCUUACAUAUCUGUUAAUUUGUUUAUUAUUAGUAAAUUGUAUGCACUAUUUGGCUGCCAAAGGAUGGAUGUAGACAAGAAAUGGAAUUUGUCGCUCAGUUUCCUACAAAGAAAGGACAAAAAAGACAUUAAUAUUAACAAGACAAAAUUACCAUUUGAUAGAAGAAAUACUGUAAUUCUGUUCUUAAUCAUCAUUCAUGAUUUUCUGAAGUGUUUUUGUAAUAUACGGAAUGCAAUUACACCUAUUCAUCUCCUAAAUCUAGGCAAGCUGGCUGUUCAAAUUAUUUAGUUCAUGAAUAUGAUUUAUUUCCUAGAUUUUCAAGGUAUUCAAAUUUUGUUACUGUAGAAGCAUCUUUACAAUACAGAAAAUAAUGCAGUACAGAUGGUCCUAAUGUGGUAUAUUUUUGUCUUUUUUGGGGGGGGGGGGAUGAUCUUUAUAAAUCUCUUUUUCUGUUGAUUUUAGCACUUUAGUGUGUGUGUGUAAUCUAGUAGAUUCUAGGCUGCAUAUUUAAUUUGUUCUGCUUGUACUCACCUUCCAAAGCCAUCUCAAUCAUUCAUCAAGUUCACAUUGUGUAAACAUUUUCUCAGGUAAAAUGGCUUUCCGCCAUACUUUUGAUGAAUUUGAUUAAAUUUCUAAGAUCUUAUCACAAUUUGGCACAUGUGAUCAACUACUAUUGCAGUCUCAUUCUAAUCAUAUGCUUUAUGUUUGUAUGAAAAAGGUAUUGUUACAUGUUUACAAAGCUAUAUGGGAAGGGGGUGUAAACUUCAGACGUGGGUUUACAGCAUACUUAUAUCUUUGAAGUUAAUGUUUUAUAUUGAUAACUUUGUCAGAAUCAAUUUCCAUUAUUGAAUGAAGCAAUUAUAUCUCAAAGUGCUGGCAUAUUUAGGGGCAUACUUUGGUCUGAAGAAAAAAAAUAUAUAUUACUGAAUACUUUGAUUAUAUUCUCAAAGUCUAACCUUUAGUGAGACUUAGUGAGACAAACGAUUUUUAAAGAAAGGAUAGCGAGGAGAAAUGUUUUUGAUGUGCAUUGUUUACUAUUCCUUCUGUUCUAAUUUUUGUUUUGAUGUCUUCAAAAGAAUGUCAUACCAUUGCUCUCUUACCAGCCUGCAUACCUUUGAUAUUAAGCCAAUAAAAAUUAAAAACAAAUGUAUUUUUCUCUUGUUUCUAUAGAGUAAUAAAGCAAAUUGUAUUUUUCCACAAAAAGACUUAACAAAUAGAGUUACGCCCCCACACUCUUUUUGCUGUUGUUGAUUACUUUACAAUCUUAUCUGAUACAUUAAGACCUGUCAAAAGAAAUUUAUGACAUUGUGUGAAAUGUAGAUCAACCAUUGUACUUGCCCAUUUUAUAUUAGUGAAAAAGGCUGUAGAAGAAUAUGCUGAAAGUGUUGUUUCUCUCACUUAGAAUUAGGUACAGCAAGUGGCCAACACACAAUUCAGAUUUCUUUGUUUGGAGGGGGGAUGUGAUUGAACAUUCUUAAGAACAUUUGCAUAAAAUAUCAACUGUUGCAAUUAUUGUUUCUACUGUUAAAUACCUUAUGCCAUAUCAUAUACACACAGAGAUUUCUUGAAAAAAUGUCGCCUUUAACAAUUGCUUAUUGAAUUUUUUAUCACAACUUCAUUCAUAUAACUAUUUUUUGUUACGUCACAUUUUUAAUUUGCCAAUAUUAAUAUUUUCUCAUAUUUUGACAGUUCAAAAUAUAUUUGAAAGUGCAAGAAACUUGGGCAUAUCAAUGCAUGUAUGCUUUUAAAUCAUAUAUUUUGAUAUUAAAAAAACGUCGACAAAUUCUAGCUCGCAGUCACAUAUUUUUUCUUCACAAGUUUUGUUCUAAACAAAAUUAUGUGCUGGUGACUGGUGUAUCAUAUUACUACAUGUAUGUUUGAAUGGUACUGCACUGCAAAGUCUGCCACAUUGGUGUAGUGUGUUUUAUUGAGCUUUACAGUUCCACUGUAGUUACGAAGAUGACUUUUGAAAUCUAUCUGUUAAAGAAGAGUAUGCUUUGCACCUUGUUAGGUUUCAUUCAGUGUUUGUCUCCUACAAUACACACUCAUUAUAACUGAUAGCAUGGAAUGAAGAUUAGAAAAAUGUUCACAUCGUGGUAUUGGCCAGAAAUUUUGUUUACAAUAAUUUCCACUGUAUAACCCUAAACCUUCUGCAAAAUUAAAUAAAUAACUCGUGGAAUAUCCUUCAUUGAGAUCUGCGAACAAACAUUCUAUAAAAUAUGCCUAACGGAAAAGCCAGCUGUAUUUCCAAACUUUUUUCCAAUAACUUAUUAAUAGGUUUCAACAUUUUGAACAUGAAAUUAUUAUUAUUUUUGAGGCUUUGGAAUUUUUGGAAUGUCCAUGAAAACAGACAUACUUUAUUCCACUACUCACUUAAUAGGUAUAUCAUCAAGAGUUGUAUAAUUUACUAGUCUGAAUUUAGCACGACAUACACCAGUGCUAUUAUUAGUAGUACAUGUACCUCUCAACCAAAUUUCUAGACUUUUUUCCUUCUUCAAAGUUUGUUGCACUAUAUUGUGCAUUGUAAAUGUAUCAUGCAAUCUGGGUAGAGAGAAUAUAGAACUAAGAUUGAACAGUUGUGGAGUAAAUGUAUAAAGAUGCUGUGGAGACAAUCAAAAUGAUUAGUUAUUAUUCCUUAUGUAAAGGAGUAAAACAUAGUACUAUGCAACCAUGUUAAUGUGUAAAUGUAUACAUUUUCCACAGUUUCAUCUAUAUAUUUUUGCUUUCAAAAUAUGGUAAAUAUUUCAAUUCAGUCAUCAAUCUCAGAUGUGUUGUUCAUGUUGCUAUUUUUGAGAAAAUCUCUUUUAACCACAACCACAGGUCUUUUUAGUUUUUAUUUGGGUAAUAAGCUGACUGUCUUCUGUCUAGAAGUGGCUGAUUGUAGGAAAAAGUUAAACAUUUUUUGUGUGAUAGCACCUAAUAAGAAAAGAUUGUUGGGUAGAUUUGAACUCGAGGCAUCAUGCUCUGCAUGCAUGGAGUGAACUUUAGACGUCUUUGUAUGACAUGUACUGGCCAAGUAAAAACCGUCGGCCAAUGAAACCAACUGAGAGCCAGAAGGAUAUUUAAGCUUUUACUUAGAGUUAAUAAUGCCUUUCUGACUCUUAAUAAAAAGAAAUAUUCAUUAAUGCACUCAUUUUAGUUCAAUUCUUUUCACCACAAUGUAUUCAAUGAAUUGACAGAAAUCAUGUUAAUGGCCAGAUAAACAAAAUAACAGGGAUCAUCAAUUUUGAUUCCUGUUCCACUUCUGGACAAUCAAGAGCUAUAGAUUGUAACAGUGGUGUAUCACAUGAAUACUAUAGAAUACAUGCGUGUAGGCCUAUAUGCAGUAUAAAGAACCAUUUUCUAUUGUAAAAUGAGAGAUUUUCAAAAGGGUAGAAAUGUUUCAGGUAGCCUUUUGGUCAAAGGAAACUCAUGAACGCCAAGUCUAUUGCAGUCUGCAUGUGUUCAUGAAUCUUUAUUCGCUGUGUAAGGAAUGUACUUGUUUAUUGAAAUGGAUAUAUAUGUGUGUAAUUGAUGUCUUGUUUACUUUUUGUAAUAUAUGUAAUUGAGAAUUAGGAAUUGCAGCACUGUCUGCAUCCUGUGUAUUGUGGUAUAUUUUCUACAAGAGAGAGAGAAACACUAUUUUGCCACAAAGAGGAUGGAAAAUAUUGUCAACAUUAAAUCUGUUUAUGGCAGGUGUAAGAAAUCAAA